AGUGACAUCAGUCAUGACCAGAACAGAAAUGAAUGUUUGGGAGGGAACUGUCAGCCUGCAAUAAAAGAUGAUUCGGUCUUUUUCUUUUUGUUUAACUGCAGGACACCUCCAGAAAAGAAGAGUACCAUCCUGGUCAGUAAACUGCUCUUUGCAUGUUUCAAGUUAAGCCUUGACAGCUGUUGAAAAGAGAGCAGGGUUUUCUGAGCAUCAGUGCAUUUGUCUCUGGACUACUUCAACUUUGCUUGUUUGGGUUCUACGUCAGACUCAUGUGAACAGUUUCUCUGAAACUAUCUGGCCAGUGGAAUAUUGAUGCCUUCAGUCACAUAUGAUAAUGCAUGACACCCCUGCGUCCAUACAAGUUCUUAAAACUGGGGAAACCCGUUGAUACAUUCUUUUUCUGAUGAGGAGAUGCUUUGCUACAUCCUAUGAAAUGGAGUAACUUGAAUAAGAACUUUUAUUUCACUUGAACAUAAUCCAUAGCUUCCGAAGAAGUUCUGUUUAGAAAAACACUAAUAAAUGGAAUAUUCUCUGGGACAGCAUUUUUGAAAAUAUUGUUAUAUCUACAGGCUUUUAAACUGAUUGACCUUUUGUAUUUACCAGUCUCCUGCACAGAAACUUCAGAAAUGUUGACAUUAGGAAUGAAUGUGCUUGUCAUCUUUCUGGGAUUAUGGCUCCCUAAAACUGCAUUAGAGCAGCAAGAUUCAGCUGAUGGCCAGUCAGAUCAUAAGCUUGUGAAAAACAGAUAUAUCCGAUCUCCAGAAACUCAGGAAACAGGGCGAUGCUCCUAUACAUUCAUUGUCCCACAGCAAAAGAUUACAGGUGCUGUUUGCCUCAGUACUAAGGGCUAUGAGAGUCCUGGAGUAAACAGAAGUGAGCUGCAGGAGCUAAGAGACCUGAUGAACAGACAGCAGAGGCAAAUUGAGCACCUUAAACAGCUGGUGGAGGUAGAUGGCGGCCUUGUAAAUGAGGUCAAGUCACUGCGCAAAGAAAGCCGAAACAUGAACUCCAGGGUAACUCAGCUCUAUACACAGCUGCUUCAUGAGAUCAUUCAGAAAAAAGAAAGUGAGGUGGAAGUUGCCGUGUUGGAGAAUCGCAUCCUCAAUGCCUCAUCGGAGGUGUUCAAGAUGGUCACCAAGUACCGAGAGCUGCAGCAGAAAUAUGGGGCACUGGCUGGUCUCAUCAAUAAUCAGAGUGUCGUGAUAGCAUGGCUGGAGAAACAGUGUCAGCAAAAUGCAAAUGGUCAGGGCCAGCCAAUUCACCUGCCUCCUCUUGUGAAUGUUGUACCUGUCAAUCCCACCGGAAACUUCAGCGCAAACAGGGAUAACAUGCUGUCAAGCAAUGAAAUUCAGAAAGAUCAGAUGGCUUCCAAUUCAGGGUCCCAGGAUGAAAAACAGCUGAAUCAGCAGUUUUUAUCUGCAUCCUCAAUGACACUGAGCUUACCCUCUGCUGCACCAAGUGGUCCUACUGCCACAAAAUCUCCCGGUCCUUGGCAGGACUGCCAGCAUGUGUUGCAAGAUGGUGGAGCUUCUAGUGGGAUUUAUCUGAUCAAACCUGUAAACGUGAACCAGAUGAUGCAGGUGUGGUGUGAGCAGCAGUACCAAGGUGGGGGAUGGGCUGUGAUACAGAGACGACAAGAUGGAUCUGUCAAUUUCUUCAGGAACUGGGAACAUUACAAGCAAGGUUUUGGCAACAUUGAUGGUGAAUACUGGCUGGGACUGGACAACAUCCACUGGCUAACAAACCAAGGUGACUACCGCCUGCUCAUCGUGAUGGAGGAUUGGCAGCGGCGCCAGGUGUAUGCUGAAUAUGACAGCUUUCGCAUCGAGUCAGAAAGUGAUUUUUACCGCCUCCAGCUUGGGAACUACCAGGGUAAUGGUGGCGAUUCCCUGUCAUGGCACACCAACAAGCAGUUUACCACACUGGAUAAAGAUCGGGAUGCUUAUGCAGGAAACUGUGCUCACUUUCAAAAAGGAGGCUGGUGGUAUCACAUGUGUGCCCAUUCUAACCUUAAUGGAGUCUGGUAUAAAGGCGGUCACUACCGCAGUCGCUACCAAGAUGGAGUGUACUGGGCAGAAUUUCGUGGUGGGUCCUACUCUCUGAAAAAAGUGUCCAUGAUGAUUCGACAGAAUAAGUAGCCUUCAGACACUGAUCAGAAAAGCCAUACUCCUGAAAAUUAUGACUGGGCCAAACAGUGGCAUGACAAGCCUGGAUUUCAAGUCUAUAAUUAAUACUGAAGUUGCAGAAAUAAGUGGAACUAAGUGAUGUAGCACCAAGAAACAACUGACCAGUCUCCAAGUGAUUAAAUGUGGCUUUUGUUUGGUUUAACAGAAACGUAAAUACACAUAUGCUAAUAAAAAUAUAUAUUUUAUGUGACAAGGUAUGGCACAUUGUCACAAGCCCAACUCCCUUUCCAAGUCAGGUCCAGCUUGACAUGUCUUUUAAUGGUUUCAUUUAACUUUACCCCAGCAUUCACAUUUUUUGUGUGAUAAAAGGAUUCGGUUCUUACUAUCUUCAAAGUGUCUUCCUCUUAGAUGGUCAUCAUGGGGAGGGGGCUCACACCGCACGUAUAUUUAACUCAUAAUUUCAGCCUUUUCUAUUGCAAAAGAUAAGCAAGGACCACUUUAGAUUUCACCCAGUAGACCAUUGCUUAAGUUGCUUUUUUUUUUUUGCAUGUGCUACAGGAGAACAAAACAGUAUCACCACUACAUUCAUUAUUUCCUGAUAUUUAGUCAUUCAUUCCAGUCCUGUUUUCAUGUCACUCUUAAGCUUCAUUACCCUACAGAAUACUCCUUUGUGUGCCAUAACAUUACGUUUUCUCCCUGUAGGCUGCUCAACACCUCUGCUCUCGCUUCCUCUCUGCAGAAGGGAAGUAAAUUGCACAGUGACUACGCUAUCAGUAUCACCCAUGGUUGUCAGACUUCCUGGUUUAUUGUUACUCCAUUCCCAAAGGGUACUGUUUGAAACAGGAAUGCAAACACACAUAUAGACACAUACACACGCGCAGAGAAUUUCAACAAAUUUCAACAAAGCACUGUCAUCAAGAAAAAUAGAGGUAAAAAUAAUGCACUCCCUUGAUAUUAAGCUAGUGACAGUCUCUCUUUCUCAGAGUCAGUUUUUUAUUGUGGAUUUUUUAGAUGCUUUCACCUGAGCUAUCCAAAAGCCAUUGUUUUUUGCAUUUUCACUGACAGAUCUAUGCUCUUUCCAGCAACCUGUCAAUAUCUAAGGUCAUUCUAGAAUCCAGGUGACAGCUAGUUGCAAUUCAGUGUUGUCACUGUUAUAGUGCAACGGUUUCACCAUAUUAUUUGACUUCUUGAAGUUCACGUAAAUAAAGAGGAAUACGAAGCAGCAAAUUGAGUAACUGGUUACCUUGUCAGAUAAAACAUUUGUAAAACUAGAUAUUUUGGCAGUAUAAUUUAUUCUGCAGUUUACUGACAAACCCACCCUUCAUUCUCUAGCUUGUGAAAAUAUUUUCAUUUUAAUUGGCAGAAAAAUACUUGAGAUUUCUUCUUGAGCUUGAAAUGGAAUAUACUACGCUCUGCAUAUUUCCUUUCUGCCUCCACAGAUUUAAAACCAGCCAGAUGUGACACUGCCCACCCCAUGUGUAAAUAUAUAAGGAUCCUAGCAAAGUUUAACUUAUGUAUAACAUGCUUAUUUGCAGGGGAGAGGUCAGGAAAAGAAACAAAAUGGAAGAAAGAGAAACCGCUCAGAAAGAGAGAGAGAGAGAGAGAGAGAGAGAGAGAGUUUUUUUUUUUUAGAUAAAACACAUUUAAAAGAAAUUAACAGCUUAAUAACAAGAGACACAGGAGUAACAUAGAAUAUGAUCAGUUCACCAAUGCUAGCUACAUUAUUAUGUGUUCCAGACAUGGAUGCAAAGAAAUUCACCUCCAGAGCAAAUCUCGAGAACAUAUGAUAUUAGGUUAGCAUCAGUGAACCACUCAUAAUUCUUUCUAUUGCAUAGAGCUUUAUCUGCUCCAUGCACUACAAGUUAUACUAAAAACAAAAAACAAAAAAAAACAUAAACUGUCUUACUGACUUUGAAAGCUAAGGAAGCCCUUUCAGAAAGGUACUGUAUCACUGUCAUUUAUGUUUACACUCGUCUUCCAUGGUGCUCAACUAUCUAGAGUUUCACAAAAUGUAGACAUUUAUGCCUCGUAUGUUGUUUGUUCCUCAUAAAGACAGUAGUUUUGUGGCAAAUUACUGAGGAUUGAAGACCCUAAAU